AUGGCUACAAUGGUGAAGGAGAAGCGUAAAGAAAAAAAGAAAUCAAAAGACAGAGGGAGCGCCACUAGAGAACUAUCACCAGUUAACAUAGUUCCUCCGACAUUUGAGGAGUUAGUCUACACUACUGAAAGUUCCUGUGAAGCUGAGUCAUCCCAAAAUGUUACCAUUGAAUCUUUCACCGAAGUUUCAUAUACAGAACAAACCGAAACCAAUAAUAUAAGUAUAGAAAUAAUAGAAGAAAGUAGAGAAAAUGUGGAUGAAGUAUAUAGUGAACAAAUUAAUAUAGAAACUAAUUUAGAUCAAGAAUGUUUAGUACAAUCUGAGAAUAUUGAAAAGAGUAUACAUAUCACAGAUACAUCAGCCGGACAAAUUGAAGAGUCAAAUGUAUUAACCAAAGAGUCUAUAGUUGAAAGUGCUUAUAAAGAGUUGCAGCGAAAACUGGAACACAUGGCUAUACCAAGUGAAGCUACGGAAGCAAUAAGCCCAGAAAGACAGUUUGAGCUUAUUCAUCCCGAUGCUUACUUAAGUACCGAGCAGCAGAUACCGGAUUCUUCUUUAGAACAAUUAGAAGAUGUAGCACCAUCAGCUCCUUGCUUUGAAGAAGUACCAAAAACAGUGCAACGUGAGGAAGUGUUUGUAGUAACUAAACCUAAAAUAAAAUGUAUGCCAUUAGAAGAUGCUAUAAAACUCUGUGGAGGGACGGAGAUGGAAGAAGUGAGAGCUAUGAGCCAAAGAGAAGAGGAGUUAGUGGAAGCGGGACCUAUGAGUGGACCGGAUCAUCCGCUUGUUGAUCUUUUGUCCACAUUCAGAUCAUCACUAAUAGCAGUGGAGCGAGAACGAGUAAAGCUUGCUGCUGGGUUUGCAGACGAAGAGAAAAGGAGAGCUACGCUUUGGAAGAUAGAGAAACGAUAUGUGAAUAUAUCUGAGAAGUGUCAGUGCGGGCUCAAUGUGGACCUUAGAGCUAGCUAUGAGUACGCUGAGCUGAACAAGGAGAGGCUGCCUGUAGCCAAGAUGAGGCUGGAGGGCCUACUGAGAGAUGUACAGGAAUCUUACUGCCAUCAUCAGCAUGCUGCACUGUUGGCACAUUGUCAGAUCGAGGAGUUAAUCUCAGAGACUAUACAGAGCGACAAGCUUAUGAUUCGUGAAGCUCUAUCCCUAAUAUUGCAAGCGCUGCGCCUCAGCGACAACGCGCCUGAUGCGCUCGCCAGCGCUUUACAGCGGUGGGCCACAGCGCUUUCCGCUGCUUUGAUCGACAACCGAGAUCUGCGACAACUGCUGUUCCUCAUACAUCAUCUGUUCAAGCAGACCCGGUCCGUACAGUGGGCGUCACAAGUGAUACACGUGCACGUGGACAGUGCCUCCCCCUGGCGGAUACUUGCGAUACUAGAGCUGCUACUCGUCCGGUCCCGCACCGAUACCGCGCUCGAGUGUAUUGAGGAGGGUGAGGAUGCGUGGGAGGAGGUGGACGAGCACGGCGGUGAGGGCGCGGUCAGUGACGGCACGCUGCGGGAGCGGGACCUUAUAGCGCUGCUGAACUCCUUCCCGCUCAGGGACCUGGUCGCCAGGCUCGUACUGUUUACGCAUACUGACAUCCGUCGCGCCCGGCCCCAGGAGUGGGGCGAGCACGCGGGCGGGCGCGGCGUGCUGCGCGCGUGCUGCGGCGUGCGCGUGUCGCUGUGCGUGUGGCGGCGCGCGGCGCGGGCGCAGGCUGGGUACGCGCGCCUGCGGCACCUCCUGCGGCAGCUCGCGGCACGCACCCUGCAUGCACUCGCCUGCUUGCACCUCACUUCUAGAGCGUUCUACGACCCCGACAUAGAAGAGAAGAUAUCAGCGGAGUUGGAAGCAGCAUUCUGUGCCGGUUUCCACCUGUAUGAUGCACAGGACCUGCAUCAAUUGCCUGCUACAUUGUUAUCUGAUGAUGCCGCUAAGGAGUACUGUAUAUCUCUCAUUGUGGGAUUACAUGAUAAAUCUCCAAAACAAUUGGAUCAGCUUGCAAUAGAGUUGCCAGUGUUACCGUGUGACGUGCGCGUGCGCAUCAUAACGCAGGCCGCUAUAGAUCGCGCGCAGGACCACGAGCUGGCUAGGCUUGUCUUGGAAUUUUUAUUACAGACCGGAUUGAAGCGUAAAUCGAUAUCGUGUAAAGUGCUAUGCGACGUGGCUGCGCGGGAGUGCGUGGGCAAGUUACUGGCCACGCACGUGUAUCUACAUACCAUGGCUCUACAUAUACUGGCUGAUCUCAGCGUGGUGGAGUCUUUAGACCCGUCCUGUGUGAAAACUUUAAAAGUGAACAAAUGGCGUCCCACCACCGGGGAGGCGAGGGCGUUACUGGACGACUGGUCGAGGCGGUGUCAGAACUUACUGCAACAUUUACUAUUGGAGAUGGAUUAUACACCUUAUGUCGGUGUCUCUCUAGACGUUCAGCUAAGCAUAGGUAGCUGGUUGUGUGAGUGGGUGCGGGUUAGAUCCCCCGGCAGUAGCGGGGGCGCUCCCCCAGAGUGGUGUUGGAGUAUACUCCGGCGCCUGCGCCCCCACCGCACGUCGUGGCGGCUCGCCCCCGAUGCGCCCCCGCCGGAUACUGAACCCACUGACUUGUUCUCCAUUGCCUACGCGCUGAUGUCUUCGUCUUGGGGACAUUGUAUACCUGUUAUAUGUUCGGAAGGAGUGUCUGGCCUGUGUAAGCUAGCCAGUAGUCGUCCCCGCGACGCGGUGCAGUGCCUGGCCGGGGCCAUGCUCGUCAUGGCGCAGUCGCCCGAGUCACUCGCCUACACACCCAAGUUUGCAGAAGUAAUAUCUCUCCUCCUGAACUCUGGACCGACAUUAGUGCAGCGUGCACUGGGCCGCGGCGGUGUCACCGGGGCCGACUUGCUACUGCGACUCAUACUGGCACAGCUUGAAGAUAGUGGCGAGUCCCGCGCGAGUGUACUGAGUGCGUGGCUGCACGUACUAUGGGGGCGGGGCCCGGCCGGCGCCUGCGCACUGGCGGACGCGGCCGCUGCCGCUACGCGGGACUGGCCGGUACUCGACGCGUACGCUGCGGGGUUGUUGCAGGAGGAAAACGCAAGAGAACAUGUGUCCCAAGCGGUCCGCAACGCGAGUACGGCGCCGGGACUGUGCGAGUGUAUACUGCGCGCGCACCACGCGCACUGCGCGCGCCUGCACGCCGCGCUCUGCACGCGCCUGCACCUGCAGCGCGCCGCCAGCGUCAGGAUACACGUCGAUAAUGCACUACAGAAACUAGGCACCCAGUUGACAUCAGACGAGCUAGUGAUAUACCGCGCGGCGGCGGCGGCCCUGGCGGCGCCCGCCUCGCACCCCGCGCACCUAACGCUGUGGCGGCUCUUCAUGCAUCUAUAUCUACAGUCUCCACCUGAUUAUGGGUUAGUACCACCAGUAGGCCCACUAUUCUUCAGUGGACUAAUAAAAUCUCGCACACUCGCACAUUUAAAACGAAAACUCCAAGAAUCGAUUACCUACCACCACAAUGAAGGCGAAGCACUCAAAAUCGAGCACAAAUCAAUCGAUACUAGCGACACACAACCGAUUUCUCGAGCAGAGAAAGCAAGUCCGUCUAAAAUCGAAGAUAGUCUGUUACCAGCGUUAUCGAUAAUCGAUUUGACUGGAGAAUCGAGUGAGUCCAGCGAUACUGAUGAUGACAGUCACAGUGAGAAGGAAUCGAGUCCGAAUAGUGAAGCGAUUGAUGCGAAGAAGAAUGUUUAUAAUCUGAUUGUUUAUCAUGCUGGGGCUGAAAAAAUGUUCAGCGAAUAUCUACACUGGCUGGAGGAAGGUGACAAAGUGCGCGUGCCGCCACACUUCGCGGACCUCGCCAGGUUCAUACCGGAGCAUGCGUUAGAAGCAGGUUGGAAGCAUGCAGUAGUCCGUCCAGUCCCGUGUAUAGAGGUGGAUAGCUUCCCCCUGCCCACUACUCCACCGGCGCAGGACUCCGCCCCGCCACAGACGCCAUUCCAUGUAGCUGUCGAUACUAUACUGAAGAUCAAAGACCAUUCAAAAAGAAGACGAAAGCGAUCAUUGAUCAAGUCGCCAGUGGAAGACGUCGACUUCAAAGAUGCGCGUACGCUGCUGUCUCUAGUCGAUAAACAUCUGAAAGACAUCGAGAGACUUGCGCAAGAGUGGUGUACGGAAGUGGGUCGCGUCUCCUCAUUGGACAGUCGUCUGUGGGAGCUAGUGAGUGUACUGCGCGUGCGCCGCGCACUGCCGCCAGUCCGCAAACAGUGCGCUAACAAGUGCAAGCAUAUUACCAUCUAUAUACCGGAGCAAGAGUGGUGUGUGUCGGUGGACGCGGAGCGCGGCGUGCGCGACAACAGGAGCAGCGCGCGCGCAGCAGUGCGCCGCCUCGCGCGCGCACGCCCGCACGCCGCGCGCACUGCCGCCGCGCUGCAUACUAUUGCUCGCCGCACCCGCAGCAGCGAGGCAGCCGUGCGAGUAGUGGAGCGCGCGUGGCGCUGCGCGGGCGCACCGCACUGCGCCGCCUGCGCGCCCGCAGCUGCGCUACUCCACGCACUCGUCUCGCUACUUGCUGAGCGCUGGAUAUGUCAGAACGGUCGUAUAUGCGCGGACCUAUUAUCUUCCUGGGGCAAGCGCUCGAGUGGCUCCCUGCAACAGUCCCUGUGCGGAGCCCUGCUGGCGCCCAGACAACUGCCGGCGGAGGCCUGGCCACUUGUAUAUAUGCAGUUACUGGGGACACAGCUACCUUCGCAUACAUUAUUCAGUUAUUUGUCCAGGUUCGAAAUGAGUCGUUGGUCGGAAACUGCAGACGUUACCCAACGUAAAGAGAUGUUGGAUGCUCUACUUCGUACAGUCCAGCGCUGGGGUCCCACGCCUGCAGCCGAGCACUGCAUGCUAGUGGAACUGCUGGGCCUGCAUACUGCUGUGUUACUGGACGUCAGGGAACUAGGCGAGCAUCUUGUCACAUGCGCAGGCGCAGCCGUCGAAAACAAGUUGCCGGCCGGACACUGGGUGCAUCUCAUCCGAGCUGUCGAUGCUAAGGCAUCUGGUGUGCCAUUUGAUCAGCUGGGCCACGUACUGCGCUCGCUGGGCGUGGUGUGGUGGGAGGCGCGCACGCGCAGGCAGGCGGGCGCAGUGGGCGCAGCGGGCGCGGCGGGCGCGGCGCUGGCUGCGCAGGCGCCGCACGUGGCGCGGCUACUGCACGCACUGCUGCGGGCCUUCGUGCACGCUGCACGCAACCUCAGCUACGCGCCUGACAGGGUGGCAUGGUACGCGUGGUCAGCCCUCCAGGAGUCGUGGGGUGCGUGGGUGUCCCCCCACGCGGGCGCUCCGCCCCUGCUGCCGUCGACGUCGGACCUGGAGGCCUACACGCCCAUGCUGAGGCAUUUCCUUGACUGCAUACACCAGGUCAUGCUGGACUGUCCUGGUACUGAGAUCUACCUCCUGCAGCAAAUAUUCGAGUGGUGCGUACAGUCCUAUAUGACGGUGCAGGGCGCCGGCUCGGGCUGCGCCCCUGCCCCCUCUUCGGGCCCCGCCUCGCAGGAGGCUCGAGUACAGGCCUCGGCCCUCCUCGCCGAGAUGGCCAAGCUACCCUGGACGGAGCACCAGUGGUUCUAUGGCAAGAGUUUGCAGCAGGCUUUACAGAUAUCGACAAGCACAGACCGCGAGCUGACGUCCUGGUGCAGUGCCACGUGGAGCUGCGCGCGCGCAGACUGCCUGCUGGCCGCCUGCGAGCCUGCGCAGCUCGCGCCGCAUCUGGCGCAACUACUGUAUCUCUUCACUGGGACGUUACUGCCACACUCACUACAGGUACUAGAGGAAGCGUGCAAGUUACCAUGGCGUCGACUCCCGGAGCUGGCGCUGGACGAGGCGUUGGAUCGGUUCUACAUGGUACACCAUAACCCGGCCAUACCUUACCACGACCUGCCGCAGUUCAAGGUGAUCCUAGUAUCGUGCGAGCUGUCCCCGCUGCAGCCGGCGCCCCCCGAGCCCCUGCCGCGCCACAAGCGAGCGCGCGGAGUGUCGCAGUGGGUGCGCGCCGCAUGCGCACCCGCGCUCGCUGCGCAUGUCACUGCGCAAACUGCGCAUCUACUGCGCGUCAUAGAGAUGCUAGCGCCACAUUUAGAAGAGUCGGGAGGAGAGCUGGAGGAGUUGAUGUCUCGCGCCGUCGUCAUCAUGUGUAUAGAGCCCGCUGCUACUUCUGCUUUGCCGGUGUGGGUAUCGUGGGUGAGCAGCGCCAGUCCCCGCCUGGUCCGCGCGAGUAUAUCCGCGGCGGCCGCGCUCACUGCCUUCGAGUACUUCGCGGCACUCGCCGACACUGCGGCACGGACACUGCUACUCUCUACUGAGCCAGUAGGUUGGCUGGAGAUAUCAUCCCGCUGGCAGUCGUGCCCGUGGCGCGAGGGCGGCCCGCUGUGUGCGCGCGCGCGCCUGCACGCGGCGUACGCAUGCGUCGCCGCGCACGCGCACACAGCGCGCGCACUGCACGAUGUACUCGCUGCAUUGCACGCUGCAGACAUACACUUCGUGGACAACGAACCAAUGAUAGCAGUGUGGAUAUGCUUCGCAUGUCGUAUAGCUGUCUCGCUCCCUCAACACAGUGACGAGGCGCGUGAGAGCUGCGCGUGCGCACGCUCUCUACUAGCGCGCUGGGCGGAGACACCGCGCCGUUCUAUACUCAGGGUCGUCACUAUGCAUGCUGAUACUGAUAAACCUACUGCACUCCAUCGCAUACUGUGCCGCUACGCUCAAUGCGUGAUCUCUCCAGACGAUACUACGCGUCGGAACUAUGAAACCGCGUGUAGUACCACGUUGGGCGCCAACAGUGACGUCAUCACAUGGGCCGCCACCCCACAGUUAAACAAACUAGUUAGACUCGCCAUCAGACUAUGGCCAAAGUAUGAAAAAUACUUCCAACACGAAAUCCAAUUAGCGCCCGAAGAAAGUAAUGUAAGUGUUUAA